AGGGUUAAGCCAGACAAACCUCCCACAGUGGUGGCGAUAUCAGUUCUCUGUCCGCCUCUCUCUCUCUCUCUCUCUCUCUCUCUCCGUCUCUCUCUGUCAUUUAUUCAUUUCCCUGUCUAUGGGAAGGAGCAGAGAAAAAACAGCCCAGCUUUAGUUGACGGACCUUACCAAGUACAGACUUCUAGAAUUGCCGCUUGCUCGCGAGUUUCAGAGAGUGUUUGAGAAAGGCUUUUAAAAUUAGUAUUCCGAUAUCGCAGGAAAUAUCUUGUUGGUUGACGUCAACUUUUGUUGCACAGAAGUGAAAAGUUGUUUUGUUUCGUUGCGAGAUGGAAAUGCACAACCGGUCGGAUGAAACGGCGGAAAACGCAAAUUGCAGCAAUGAAGAUUAUCGCUCUGACCAGCUCCUGGGGGAAAAAUCCAAGUUUUUCAUUAACAAAUACAAGAAACUGUACAUUCUGAAAUGGGUUUGCGUCAUCGUUGCCGCGCUUCUCGUGUCUGCUGCUGCCGUUGUCGUCAUCGUCUGCACUCUCCGGGCGGAGAAGGCCUUUUCCGAUAUGGACGCGAAACUGACGGAGUACAUAACUCAGUGCAGGGUGGGGGAGGGGAAGAGCGGUCAGCGUGUUGUGGACACGAGUCGGGCCAAAGCCGAGAGGAUUGUGCAGAAUCUAGAACUAACAACCGUGCGCCCUGACAGUGUUACCCCGCUCAACUCAGAGCCAGAAAACACACUCCGUUCUUCACAGGAGACAACACGACUGGCUGGCGAUGGUGCCGACUUCGUCAAGGACUUUCUCCUGAACUUUACGGACGGAAUCAAUGACAGGUUCGUGGGGGUUGUUCGGAACCUCUCUAGUCUCGAACGGUCGACGAAGAAAAUGCACGCUUCACUCCGGGAGGUUAUCGUAUCUGUUGACGACAGCAAAGCGUCGGUGGGAGAGAGGUUGUCACGAUUAGAUACUCGGAUAGAAGAAAUGGGAGCUGCUCUUAACGUGAGCAGCACGAUGAAUUCUGAAUUGAAAAACGUUUCGAUGUCCGUUUUCGACGCAGUAAAGAAAGUGAAAGACUCUUUAGAUGAAAACAAAAAUACCAGCACCGCACAAUUCUUCAAUCUAACUGACGCGGUUUCAAAGCUAGUCCUUGUUUCAAACGCUUCAUCACAAGCCCAGUCAAACAAACUGUCUGAAUUAUUCUCUGGGGUGUCAAUGUUGACUAAUCAGACGUUCGUUUCAUCGUCAAAGCUUCAGGGGGUUCUGGACUCUGUCGACACCUGGAUAGUAGAGCUGCAGACGUCACUACUCAACGAGUCUGCCUCCAUCAAGGAAGAGUUCCGAUCGGAAGUCCUGGAGAAGGUAAGAGACUCAGAGAAGCAUUCUGCGACAGUUUUGCUCCAAUCUGUGGAUGGGCUCAAUGAGACGAGAGAGAAACUUCAACGAGAGUAUGAACAAACCGUCUUGUCAAUCAAUCUCACGAUAUCUCAACUAUCGGAAUCUGUCCUUGAUUGGAAGGACAGAGACACUACGGAAACCGACCUAGAUGCUCUCGUACUGAGCGUUUUAGACCAAGCGUCCACAAAUAUCAGUGACGGACUUCUUUCUCUGCAGCAAAAGUUUGAGAAUAUGGAAGAGACAGUCUCAAAGGUAGAAGAAGAAAUUACUACGCAAAGGGAGGUCAAUCUUUGCUCUUACAGAAACGGCUGCGAGCUGAAAAGUAGAGCCAGCAAAAAGUUCCAGUGUUACAAAGUGUUCCAGAGAAUACGCCUUACGUGGGCAGACGCCAGAAAGAAAUGUCUGUCUCUCGGUGGCUACCUGGCCGAAAUCCACGACCAUGUCUCCCUUGAAUACGUGAAACGGGUUGUUACCAUUGGUAGCUCAAGGCUCUGGAUUGGCGCAUCUGACGAUGGCAAAGAAGGCACCUGGACGUGGGUCACUUCCAACAAACACCUGGCCGUGGAGGACUGGCACCGGAACCAGCCGGACAACCACAAGAACAGCGAGCACUGCAUGGAGAUCAACAAAGGCUUGGCGGGAAAGUACUGGAACGACCUGCCGUGUCAUCUCAAGAUAGGAUACAUCUGUCAGAAAGACGGCGACGACUGUGAAGGCUGGAUGUAAAACAACAAGAACAACUUCUUGCAGUGUUUUGAACAUUAAUUUCUUGUUGUACCUCGUGAUGGUGGUGCUGAAUCUAAGACGUGUACAUCUGUGGAUACCCAUAAUUUCAGGAAAGUAUGGAGAUCUGCUGUGUGCAUAAGCUGACGAAAAUUGCUCACGAAACUUUUUGCGCUCUUAAUUAUAAUCAUAGUCACCGCAAAAUGACAAGAGUGUGUUAUUGAAACGCCAUACUGCCAUUGUGCUUGAUGUGUGUUGUUUAUAGUGUGUUUUUACAAGUACAAGAGCAAGAUAUCG